AUGCCCAUGUUCAUGUCCGAACCUCGAGUAACAGGAAAGCAUUCCAAAUUUAAGUGUGAACAGAAAGCGCGUGACGUUGAUUAUUUCUUUAAGAGCCAACCGGCUUCGAAUUGGUCUUUUGAGCUUUACAUUAAUGAAUAUCUUGCUGAUCCCAAUCUUAACGUCACCUUCGACCAACUGCUAAGGAUCUUUGUGGAUAGCUUAGAUCAAAUGAACCAAUUACACGUCGUUCCUUUAACUAUACGGGCGAAUUGUACCAGCUACAUCAGAUGGCUCCAGUUAUCAACAGGCAAAGCCCUUGUGAGUACAUGCAGAGAAGUAUUUGAUGCUAAAAUAGAUCUCGAGAAAAAGUUCCGAUUGAAUUCUGUGUUUAAGAAAUCGGUCGGUAUCACCGCUCAAACAAGAGGUUUUAAAGCACUUUUGCAACCUGUUCCGUCAGAAAUAAAACCAUCACCGUCAGUUUUUCUGUCAGAAGCGGAAUCAUCACCAUCAGUUUUUCCGUCAGAAGCGGAAUCAUCACCAUCAGUUUUUCCGUCAGAAGCGGAAUCAUCACCAUCAGUUUUUCCGUCAGAAGCGGAAUUAUCAUCACCGGUUUUUCUGUCAGAAACGGAACCAUCACCAUCGUUAUCACUUUCAAAUGCUUUACAACCUUCAAACGCUCCAGAUGCUUUACCACCUAAAACUCCGCCACAACCUCAUCGGGAAUUAGCACAUUUAUGGAAAAUACCUAACAAACGUCCAAUAGAGAAUGAAGAACCCAGGCACUACACUCAAAACAAUCUCGUUAUAUGUGCAUUUGCGUUGACAACUAAAGAAUUGGAAGCGGAAAUUGGUAUAGAACUCACCAAAGAGUUGUCUUCUAUGCGUGACAGAAAUCCUGCUAUAUGGAAUCCUGCCUUAGAGGGGUAUAUAGAUACUACCCUCAAGGAAUCUGGAGACAAGUUUAAAGAUGUAGUUCGAAAUAAGGAUAUAAUAGAUAUAGAUGAGCCUUUCCGCCUAUAUUGUGAGAAAAUUCUCUCUGAUUUUUACAACCUUGUAGAUGUCAGUCCCACUAUGAAUAGAAAAAUAGGCAAGCGAAAGCAUAUAGUUUACCAAGUAUCAGCACUAUUUAAAUUUUACGAAAGAACGUUUCUAUCAUUAGAUAUCGAUUGGAUCGAGUCCCAUUCACGUUCCGCAAAAAUAUUCAAGUCGGAAUCAAACUCGGGUAUUGUUUUGGUAGAUGCAAAGGCGACUAGGAUCUCUGAUGGGUUGGACAUUUGGCAUUUAGAAGUCGCGGGUCCUCCCUGUAAUGCUAUCGAUAAACAUGUUUUAGGUGACUCGAAGAAAACUUUCCAAACGGAUAUCUUAAAUCUAAUUUCGAUAUUGCGGGAACACCUUGAUUGUGACAUGGACCUUGCAACCAAGAUCAAGGUAUUCAGCACCCAAUCAAUCAAUAAUCGAUUGACACUAUAUUCACUAAAUCUGCUUCCAAAUGGUCGCUUUCUGUCAUGUGAACUUGCUUCCGCCGUCUUGCCUUUUAGCUUAAUUGGGCGGGGUCAAUAUAAGUCGGUUCUUAGAACGAUGUCUAUAUUCCAUGAUGAAAUAACAAAGCAAGAAAUGCUGUUCGAAGAGAUUAAUAAAACGGUAACUCGUUCUAAGAAAUUGACAGUCCGACAAGCAUUAAAAAUCCCUAAAGCGAUGGUUGAUUAA